AUGGCUGAAGCGUCUAAUAUCGAACAAACUAUGUAUUAUUCAUUUCGAUUUGGUAAAACCAAUAAAGUCGUUCACCUUGAUCAACAACAAUUACAGCAUUUUCCCUACCUUGUUGCUCUUGUCGAACGAUCACAAGAUUUCAUCUCAAACAAAAACCAGAAUGAUGAAUAUGUUCUGGAUAGCAACAUUCGUUAUCGAUGGUUUCUCCCUAUCAUUUGUUCGGUCACGCAAGAGCAACCGUCCCUUUUAUUUUCUAAACUUCCUUUGACUUGCAAUGUAUUAGGAAGUCUUCAAUUGUAUGAUUAUUUAUGCAUUAAACCACUUCCACUUCCUCGAUUCAAAGACGAUAAAUUAGUCCGAACUCACCCAACUGCUGCUGAUGAAAACGAGAAAUAUGUGAAGUUUGUACGUGCUAAUGUUGGUGAAACACGAAACCUAGCAGUCCAAUUUAUGAUGGCUAUCAGCAGAGAUGAGUACGAUCUAAAUGAUUUGGAAACGAAAGACGAAGUAUUUUCACUCAUUAUGAGUAUCUUCUCAAAUUCAAAGGUGUUCAACAUUAAGUUUCGCUCUCACACAUUGAAAAUCGUGAUGAAUUAUUGCUAUGCAUCGUUUUCCGAGGAACAGAAAAAAGAAAUACCAACUGUAAAGCGAAUCAAGCAGAUGAAAACAACGGAAUUCUGUGUCAAUAACAACGAAGCUCUUCCAGACGAUUUUCAAAACAAAUUUGCAUGGAAACUUGUCGAAAUAUCAAAGGAAGAAUAUGAUGCUAUCCAUGCAACACCUGAUAGUGAUUUUUAUUUUUCCUUUGACGAUUGGAGUCAAUCCGACGAUAUGGUCUGCUCAGGAUAUCCGUAUGAUUUAGAUUAUGAUGAAUGGGACAUGACGGAAACAUGCUGCACUUUCUAUGAGAAUCAUCCUUUUCUCAACAGCCGAAAUCCAUUUCGACAUCAUAUCGGUUUCAAUUGCUACACGGGUACCAGGUGUAUGUUUUAG